AGGGAGUACUCUACCGCCGGAUCAACGGGGUCAUUUGGGUUCUGGACGAGUCCUCCAGCUCAUCAGGGAUCGAUUCUUCUGGCCUCACAUGAAGCGAGAUGUGGAGCACUACUGUACUCGAGUCUGCAGGUGUCUAAAGGACAAGCCCCCUGCUCGCUAUAACAAAGAGUCCUUGGGCACUAUCACCACAACUGCCCCCUUUGAAGUUGUCUCCGUCGACUUUCUGCGCCUGGAACGCAGCAAGGGUGGGUUCGAGUACAUCCUGGUGCUAAUUGACAACUUCACACAGUUCGCCGUUGCUUACGCUACCCGAGAUAAGUCUGCGAAGACCGUAGCAGAUAAAAUCUUCAAUGAUUUUAUUCCUCGGUUUGGCUACCCAUCAAAGAUCCACCACGACCAGGGAGGAGAGUUUGAGAACAAGCUUUUCCGGAGACUACAAGAGCUGGCAGGGAUCAGGAUUUCCAGAACCACCCCAUACCAUCCCGAAGGGAAUGGUCAGUGUGAGAGGCUAAACAGAACGCUACUAGGGAUGCUAAGGACCCUAACAGAGGAACAAAAGUCUAACUGGAAAGACUCACUGCAGAAGGUUGUGCAUGCCUACAACUGCACUAGCAACACAGCAACCGGGUUCUCUCCCUUUUUCCUGUUAUACGGCAGAUCACCUCGAUUGCCCAUAGACAUCGCAUUUGGGUUGGAUCGACAAGAAGGUCCCGCAGCUGAAGAUCAUAACCUCUUCGUGAGCCGCUGGAAGACACAGAUGAAAGAGGCUUAUGCCCUGGCAGCCCGCAACUCAGCAAAGUCCAGUGAUCGAAAUAAAAGAUAUCAUGAGCUGAAGGUCCAUAGCUCUGUCCUUCAGCCUGGUGACAGAGUGCUUGUCCGCAACUUAAGACGCCAUCCAGGUCCAGGCAAACUGCGGUCAUACUGGGAGGAUGAAGUAUAUGUGGUGAAACGGCGGAGAGGGGAGGAUUCUCCGGUCUACGAGGUGAUGGCUGAGCAAGGUAGUACCAAAUCCCGGGUCAUCCACCGCAACCUCCUCUUGCCCUGUGACAGUCUGCAACAGGAGGAUGCCCCCCAGCAGACUCCUCAACCAGCACGAACAAAGAGAGCCCGGAAACGGCCACCUGACCCACACCAGCGCUUUGAUGAUGCCGAUGAGAGUUCUGAUGAUGAGCCCAACCUGGUGAUGGUCACUCCGACAGGUCAGCUAGAUCAAGCUGAUGUCAACCAGGAACUCAAUCCAGAAGCUGCGCCCUUUGUUCGGGCCCCAACCGAGCUUGAUGUGGCUACGCCACAUGAUCCAGCUGGUCUUGACUCUGCAACACACGAUGCAGCUCCUGACAGUGACCAUGCAGUUCCAGACAUCCAGCCAACAACUACGCUACAGCCAGAAAACCCUGACACCACAGCAGAUGAUGCUACCCCUUCCACUGAGGGCCUUGCCGAUCCUGAGGACUACACCCACCCGGAGGUCCAAGAAAGACCAACACGCAAUCGGCAUCCACCCAGAAUAUUUGAGUAUGUCCAGCUCGGAAUUCGGGCUACUCACAGCAUGCACCCACGGGUAGAUGCAGUUUCACUUAUUCCACCACAGAUGUACCCCAUGCAGGCACCGAACCCCCCUGUUCCUGUUAUGUCGAUGUGGGUCAACCCAUACAGUCAUCAAGCUCCGCCAUUGAUGCCCACAACGUGGAUGAGGAACUACCCGUACGCACCACCUUGGACCAUCCCUGGAGUACAGUAAUGCUGUUCAGUUUCCAGAUCUAUGAACACCCCCAUAGCUGAGACCAGUGAAGAGGAGAAACCACUGCGCAGUGUGUAGAAGGACCGUGAGCUGCCACUCCUGGGUACCUCUGUGUGAGUACAGAACCACCGAGGUGCCAUGCUGUGAUGCUGGGUCCAAGGAUUCCUAGCUUCAUUGGUAUCUUCAUCCAAUGUUCCACGGAACACUAGUUCUUGUCCAUUCUACCAGGGUUCCGCAGACCCAGAGAGAUGAGCACGAUGGACGUCAUGACCCCAUCAACUUCUCCCUCUACCAUGUUGCUGCGUGGGAAGGAACCAGCAAGCAACUGCAGAGCCGCCAGCUCUAGGAAUGGACGCUAAUGAACUGUUCCUUGGAUGAACUGUCUAAUCUGAGGUGACUGUUUUGUUAUUUAUGGCCAAAUGUUAGGGACAACCUUUCUUUUUGCAGGGGAGAGUGUAGAGGAUAGAGAAAUUAGGCACCCCCCCAAAAUUGAAAUGGACCAGUCCUAAAGUUACUUAGUGGCCCUACCCCUGGACUUAUGGUAGAACCCAAAGGACAGGAUGUUUGCUUUGUUGACUGUGCUGGUCACUUAAGGCAGACGAUUGCUUAAGUGAACACCACAAUCAGCAAGUGUCCUUUUCUGCCCUUUGUCCACAGUCAAAGAUAUUGAUUCCAGUUUUAUCUACUGACACCCCCCCACGGGGGUACUACAAAUAGUCCAACAAAACACACACAGAAAGACCGUCUUUGCUACAGAACCUUCUAACAUUUUAAUUCUCACAGAAAAAUGGUCACUGGGUGCAGUCGAAUGGCUCCUUUGUUAAAAGUCUAUUAGAGGCAAAUAGAUUACCACAAAAGUUUGGUUUAUCACAUGCUUAUGCACCAUCUUGGACCUUGCACCGUCACAGCCCAAAGUUGGCCAGAUACAGGAUUGUAAAUUUUGAGAGUCUCUGCUUUUUUAUCCUUGAGAAAAUGACACCAGAUUUGACCUGAUAAAAAUAGUAAUAUUAUGCUUAAAUGUGUACGGAUGAAUUCUUGUUAAAACUAAGCAGUUUUUCUGGUCUACUCUAUUCGUUUAAAAAAUAUUAUAUGCAUUUAAACAACAAAACACAGCCUUUCAUAGACCAGUGGGGUUCCUCUUUUGUUCUUUUAACACGGCUUUUCCCUGUUCCUAUUGUAUUCUGUUUCCCCACAAGGAACUUUGUACAAGAACAUAAACAUACAGCCAAACCAAACAGAGCAAGGCCAAAGUUUUGAAAUCUUGUGACAGGAUUUUUGACAUUUUUUAAAAACAUAUUCUUUUGCAUUUUUCACCUUUUAUUGUAUUAAGUAAUGUUUCAUUCAUUAGAUUGACUCUGUACAUGCACAAGCAACAGGUGGAGAGACUCUUCUAAGCAUUAACUCAUGAAUAAUCAACUAGGUAACCACAGGCCACUUCCUGUGGAACUUUCUUUUGGUCCAUUUGGCUCAUCUCGCCACAUCAUUUUUCUAAUAGUCCUCAGCCCAUAUGUAAAAAGUUUCUUUGAGGAUCUUUGGCUACUGUAAGGCUCCCCCCAAAAGUCUACGGUUUCCGGUCAGCACGCAUGUCACCGUAGACCUGUGCAUCAACAAAUAAAAAAAAAUUUAUUUGGUAUACAAUGAUGUCCACAAGCUGCCAAGCUUGCUUAAUUGAUUAAAAUCUUGCUACUGCAUAAUUUUAAUGUGUUUUUGAUGGGGUAUGGUAUAGUAAUAAAUAUAUACUGUAAAGGAGUCCCUGUAGUUCCCCACACAUUUAGUUGGGCACACUCUUUUUCAGAUGACGUCGUCUCUGUGUUAUGGAAACCAAGGUGGUCUUAUGUCCUCUGUACAUGUACAAGCUGCAAAUGCUUUUAAACAGUAAAAAGUUCAGGGGCCAGUCUAUUUUAGUGUUGGUAGUAGCUGACAUUUAAUAUGUAUGCAUGCAGUCAUGAUUUACAUCGCGAGUUAUAUGUACAUCAUUUCCAGAAAAAAGGUCAGGGUACCAAAAAAAAAAACCAAAACAUGUCGCCGACCACUUUUGGAGCCAGCUCCUGACCAUAAGCCGGAGACUGUUGGGUGGGGGCCUAACCAACCCUGUUAUAUAAAUUAUACAUUCUGAGUGCAUAAAUACAUAAACUGUAGCCACUGGAAAAGAACAUUUUGCAGUCACACUCUUAUGUCUACUAUGAAGCAAUCUAUCGACUGACCUACUGACCUGAUUUGUGUAUUGGUGCACAUUCGUUUGUGUCAGCAUUUGCACCCCAAUGUGAGUGCUGCACCUUUUUAAUGCAUAUGCUAUUAAUACAUUUACAGCUCAAUUGAAGCAUGUAGCAUUUGCACAUCAAAGUGCAGUAUGUGGUUGUGAUAUAACAUUGAAAUUAAAUCAGAAAUAAUUAAAAAAUCAAAUAUCCUACAAAGAGUUGAACAAUGAGUUAUUGACCAUUAUAGAAAUGACAAACAUAUCGACAAUAUCUAAGGUGACUGGGCACAAAGCCAAUAACAUCAACGUUACAAAUCUGUCUGCUAUCCCAACUUUAGGAGUCAAGUGGCCCUGAAGAGAAGGGAUUGGAUAACAGUUGGUAAGUACUCAUCUCCACAAUAAAUUGUUUUAACAUUAACAUUCAGACCUACUUUUAAAACAUCGUUAAUAACUGAACAGUUUCUUGAGAACUGUUUGGUCUUUCUCUUGAAGUUGACGUAUGGCCGUGACAAGAAGUGAUGGUCCAUCUAGUAGUGAAAACAAUAAA